AUGGGGGAGAAAACACUAUGUCAGCUGAUUGCAGAUAUGCCCUGCGACGAUCCGUGGGAUGAUGCCGCUGUGUGCGAGUUGGAGAAGCAGCUUGCAGAGCUCGAGGCCUGGUAUGAUUUCCUGCUCUUAGAGCCAUCUGGAGGCAUCGUAAUCAAGUCUUGGUUGAUUGAAGUUCCUGACUUCGCAAGCAACCGCCGCAAUGCAGGGAUGGUCGCCCCCGAGCCUCCUGAGAUUCCCCACCCUGAAAAGUUUGUCAGGAGAGUCCAGAAAGUGACGGAGGAAGGCAAUGAGGUAGAGGUUGAUGAGGACUGGGAAUUCAUGACGGAGGAGGAGAUGCAGGACAAGGGAUGGUCUGAGGAACGCAUCAACGGUGUCAAGGAGCACUGCAAAAAACACAAAGGGUACAUCAGGAAGUCUCUCUACGAUGACGAAGUGUUGUACUGGGGCAACGUAAAGGUCAGGGGCAAGAAGAAGAACUUCAAGCGGUCCUUCGUUCGCAAGGUGCUUGAGUACGAGGAAGAGGCUGCUGGCAAGGACGACAAUGAAAUCAACAUGGAUUUCGAGUUUGGUGCAGGUGCUGGCGGUGUCGCCGAGCAGUUGGAUAUCAAGCAACCUGCAGCCGAGAUUGACCCGAAGCUGUUGAGCUGCUUUCCGGAGAUUGAAAAGGCUGCCAAUCCUUGUGGGAUAUACUCCAAGGCCGGGGUUGCUGUAGAAAAGCGGGUCAACAAGUUGCGAGAUUACAAAGAUGAGCUAGCGAUGGACGCCAAGAUCGACGACUUCAUCGACAGGCUGCAAGCGGCAGACACAGAAUUGACCAACCUUUAUGAUUCCGGCAUCAUUGAUGGCUACUCUGUUGAGCUCCUUGCUUAA